AUGUUGCCACAAUGCCAGGGUCCUGUUUGGGCCAUUGACGACUUGUCUCGUUGCUUCCAACGCAAUGUUCUUCAAGUUAUACUCCCUCUCGCCGUAUGCGGCACUUCCCUGCUGCUGAUCCUUCUUCGCCUCGCUCAUCGAUAUGCGCUCACCCGGAAAGGUGUCGCCUACAAGGUUCUCCCAACCAGCGACACCAAUGACUCGGAGGAAUCCACUGUGGCGGAAAAUGAAUCUGAUGCGAUGCUGUCCCAAGCCCUCCAGCACGAACAAACCAAGGUCGAGGUUGACCGCCCGCGCGGAGAGGUGAUGUUUGUGCUACUCGAAAUUGCAGCUUUGAUUGGCCAGGUUGCGGUAUACAUCGGCAUCUUGUCGACUCAUGCCUGGGGCCGACACGGAACACUUCCCGCGAUCGCCGGACUGGUAUCAUGGGGUUACAUAUUGUUCUUGGUGCUGGUUCGGUUCCUGCUAUCGACUUUGGAUGUCUUCACUGCGCCGAGAUUGUGGAAUCACACGGCCAGUCUGUACGGUCUACAGUGGAUUUUCAACGUGAUGGUCUUCCGAUCCGCUAUAAUUCACCCGUUAUCUCAGCGCGCCCUUAUCUUGAGCAGCGUACAGUUCGCCUUAAGCUCGGUACUACUUUUGAUUGCGCUCACGACUCGCCGAGGCAACAAGCCGGUUUUGGUGGAGCGCGAAGGCAAGCUAGAACCGCCGACACACCCUAUGGCCAGUCUACUGUCCCUUGCGACAUUUUCUUGGCUCGACACAUUGGUGCUGAAGGGAUACCGCCAGCCGCUCGAGCUACAGGAUGUUUGGAACUUGACUCCUUCGCAGAAGGCUGCCAAUGUUCUCUCGGAAUUCCGCAAACGCCAGAUGAAGGGAUCUCUGGCAUGGAAGCUCAUUCGUUUCUUCAUGGGGACGAUCCUUGAGCAGGGUGCUUGGACUAUAUUUGCCAAUCUUUUCGUUUUCAUGCCUAGCUUGCUUCUCAAGGCCAUCCUUGAGUAUGUCGAGGACCCUCGGUCGACUACACCUAAUGCCGCCUGGCUUUUCGCUAUUCUACUGUUCUGCUGUGCUACCGUGCAGGGUGUUGCAGAUGGCCAAUCACUCUACAUUGGUCGUAAGAUGGGUGUGAAAAUUCGCGCGAUCAUCAUUGGUGAAAUCUAUGCAAAGGCCCUGCGCCGUAAAGCCGGAGCUUCUGUGGAAGCUGCGAAGAAAGCGGUUGAUGAUUCGGUACUUCCCAAGGAUGCGCAGGCAAAGAAGAAGUGGUUCUCCUUUGGCCGCAAGAAGAAGGCGGCAAAUGCCAAUGACACUGAGUCUGCGCCCAAGCCCGAAUCUAAGGACGAAGAUACCACCCAAGCCAACGUCGGAACCAUCAUUAACUUGAUGGCUAUUGAUUCCUUUAAAGUUAGCGAAGUUGGUGCUUACCUUCACUUCCUGUGGGCUAGUGUGCCCGUGCAACUGAUCAUGGCUGUCACUUUGCUCUACCACAUCAUGGGCUUCAGUUCAUUUGCCGGCAUUGCAUUGAUGGCUCUCAUGUUGCCAAUCAACCUCUUCAUCGCCCGCCAGUUCAACAAGGUACAGAAUCAAAUUCUCAAAGGCACCGAUGCCCGUAUCCAUGCCACCAAUGAGGUUCUUCAGAACAUUCGCAUCAUCAAGUACUUUGCUUGGGAGCAGCGCUUCCAGGAUAUCGUCAACGAGAAGCGUAAGACUGAACUCAAGGCCCUGCGGAACAGAUACAUCCUGUGGUCCUCUGCCGCGACUAUCUGGUAUGGCACGCCCAUUUUGAUCACAUUCAUGUCUUUCUUCCUCUACACUGUUGUCGAGAAGAAGCAGUUGACUCCUUCUAUCGCCUUCCCUGCUUUGUCAAUGUUCUCUUUGCUGCGUGUUCCAUUGGACCAACUCGCGGAUAUGGUUGCCCACGUGCAGGAAUGUAAGGUCUCUCUCGACCGUGUGGACAAAUACCUGAACGAGGAAGAAACCGGCAAAUAUGACCAACUGCGUGAUAGCACCACUGCCGGAACUCCUGCUAAGAUUGGCCUCGAAAAUGCGACCCUCUCAUGGAGCAACUCCAAGGUCCAGGCCAAGGACACUGCCUCAACUACCGAUUUGGACUCUUUCCGUUUGAUCAAUCUUAAUGUCGAAUUCCUUGUUGGCAAACUCAAUAUCAUUGCCGGACCCACUGGAUCCGGCAAGACUUCCCUGCUCAUGGCCCUGCUUGGAGAGAUGCAGCUUGUUGAAGGCCAGGUUCACCUUCCUGGUGGAAUGGCCAACAGAUCUGACCUUCCAGUGGACCCCGAAACCGGUUUGGUGGAAAGCAUUGCCUAUUGCGCUCAGGAAGCAUGGCUUGUCAAUGCUACCGUAAAGGAAAACAUCAUCUUCGCCUCCCCCUACGACGAGCGUCGCUACCGUGCAGUGCUGAAGGCAUGCGCACUCGAGCGCGACCUUGCAAUUCUGGAUGCCGGUGACCAGACUCUGGUUGGAGAGAAGGGUAUCAGUUUGUCUGGUGGUCAGAAGCAGAGAAUCUCUCUGGCUCGUGCCAUUUACAGCAGUGGUCGCCACUUGCUGCUCGACGACUGUCUCUCUGCCGUUGACUCUCAUACCGCUAAGCACAUUUUCCGCCAGGCUCUUACCGGCCCCCUCAUGUUGAACCGUACUUGUAUCCUGGUCACUCACAACGUUGCCUUGACCGUUCCCCAGUCCGACCACGUGGUCGUUCUGGACAAUGGCAAGAUCUCUGCUCAGGGCCGCCCCAACGAUGUUGCUGCCACUGGUGCUUUGGGCGAGGAAUUCCUCAAAUCUCGCCCUGUUUCCCAGGCCAGCUCCCGCGGUUUAUCUCGUGUACCCUCAGACCAUGAAGCCCCAGAUGAAGAUCUCAACGGAACUGCCAAUGGAAAAUCUCAGGAGGAGAAGACUCAACUGCAAGAGUCCAAGGCUACUGGUAGCAUCAAGUGGUCUACCGUCAGCAUGUACCUCCGCUCUAUGGGCCCUUGGUACUACUGGAUCGGAGCUGUGUUGGUGUUCAUUUUGCAGCAACUGGGCUCAGUUUCCACCAACAUUUGGAUCAGACAGUGGGCUAACUCUUACCACACCUCCAAGACUGGCACCGAGGAUGCCGGACAAUAUGCUGCUGCGGCUCACCUCAAGCCCCCAACAUUCAAUGUUGGAAGCGUUGGUCGGGUGAGCAGCUGGAGCUUGCCUCAAUUUGGCGCAAGCUCUGCCUCCGAGGAAUCUGGUGAGGUCAACGUCGCUUAUUACCUGGGUGUCUAUGCUCUUCUCGGAUUUCUCUACAUCGCGAUCUCCCUGUCUCGGGAAGCCGUUCUUUUCUGGGGAUCGCUCCAUGCAUCCUGGAAGAUCCAUGAUCGUCUUUUGAAGGCUGUCAUGCAUGCCAAGUUCCGCUUCUUCGAUUCCACUCCCCUUGGUCAGCUGAUGAACCGAUUCUCCAAGGAUGUCGAGUCUGUGGAUCAAGAGGUCGCCCCUGUUGCAAUUGGUAUGCUCCACAGUCUAGCAUCAGUGAUUAUGAUUGUCAUCCUGAUCUCUUGGAUUACUCCCGGUUUCUUGAUCGCCGGUGUGUUCAUCACACUUGUGUACACUGCCCUUGGUGCCGUGUACCUGAACUCUUCUCGAGACCUCAAGCGUCUGGAAUCUGUCCAGCGUAGUCCUUUGUACCAGCAAUUUGGCGAGACACUGAAUGGAAUUGUCACCAUUCGUGCCUAUGGCGAUGGUCCCCGCUUUAUUGUGGACAACCACCAACGCAUCAACGCUUACAACCGACCUCACAUCUACCUGUGGGCCAGCAACCGCUGGCUCGCCCUGCGUGUUGACUGGACAGGGGCUUUGGUGUCAUUCUUCGCAGCUACCUUUGUGCUCCUGAACGUUGGAAACAUCGACGCAGGUGCCGCCGGUCUCUCGCUGACCUAUGCCGUCACCUUCACCGAAAAUGUGUUGUGGCUUGUGCGCCUCUAUUCCGAGGUCCAGCAGAACAUGAACUCUGUGGAGCGAGUCCGUGAAUACCUCGAGGUGGAUCAGGAAGCUGAAUCCGUCAUUGAAGGAUCUCGCCCAUCAGCGAACUGGCCUAGCCAAGGUGCCGUUGACUUCGAUGCCUACUCGACCCGCUACCGACCGGACUUGGACCCGGUUCUCAGGGAAGUUUCGUUCUCCGUCAAGGCCGGUGAGAAGGUCGGCAUUGUCGGUCGCACCGGUGCAGGCAAGAGUUCUCUUGCCCUGGCUCUCUUCCGCGGUCUCGAGGCAGAGAAGGGUCGCAUCCUCAUCGAUGGCGUUGACAUUGGUUCGAUUGGCUUGCGCGACUUGCGUGAGGCAAUCACCAUCGUGCCCCAAGACCCGACUCUCUUCACCGGAACCCUCCGCAGCAACCUGGAUCCAUUCGGUCUGUUCAGUGAUGAGCAAAUCUUCACAGCUCUCCGCCGAGUCCAUCUCAUCGGCUCCAGCACCUCAGGCACCGCCACCCCGACAACUCCCAGCACUCUCACGGCAACAGAAAGCAACGGCGUCAACGGCGUCAACGGCACCGCAGUAACAGUCGUCGACAACAAAAAUAUCUUCCACAACCUCGAUAGCCUCGUCUCCGAGUCCGGCUCAAACCUUUCUCAAGGCCAGCGCCAACUCCUCUGUCUCGCCCGUGCUCUCCUCAAAAGUCCUCGCGUCCUAAUGAUGGACGAAGCAACCGCCUCAAUCGACUACGCCACCGACGCCAAGAUCCAAGAAACCCUCCGCGAACUCCACAGUAGCACCAUCAUCACCAUCGCCCACCGUCUGCAAACAAUUAUCGACUACGACAAGGUCCUGGUCCUCGACCAUGGCCGCGUCAUCGAAUUCGAUCACCCCUGGACCCUCAUCAACAAGGACGAAGGUCUGUUCCGCAGUAUGUGCGAUAACAGCGGUAAUAUGGAAGUUUUGCUGGAUGGUGCGAAACGCGCCUGGACACAGAAGAGACUCGUCGAUGACUCUUGA